AUGAGAGUUCUAUAUUGGAAUGUCAAUGGGGUGUCGAAGGUGGAGGCUGGUUUGAAGCUGCGUGAAUUAGUUAGGGAGUUUAGGCCGGUUAUCAUUUGUAUUGCUGAGCCGAAAAUUCCAUAUGCCUAUGGUGUGAUGCUUCGUCUAAAUUUAGAUGGUUUUGUUAAAAAAGCAAUUCAUAAUUCUUCUUCUAGUUCUAUUGGUAAUCUUUGGAUACUUUGGAGUGAGGAUAUUGAAGAGCCAGUGGUGCUAAAUAGCAAAAGACAAGCUGUUACGGUGAAAACUGAAGGAGUCUUUGUUUCUUGUGUUCAUGCAAGUUAUAUUCAGGUGUUUAGAAGGAGAUUAUGGUGUCAACUAGCUGCGGUAGAUAUUACUACUCCUUGGCUGGUAAUUGGAGAUUUUAAUUGUGUUCUUUGCAAUGAGGAGAAAAAAGGAGGUAGAGAGGUAAUUUCUUCUAGUAUUAAUUGGAUGGAGGAUAAUGGUAUUUUUGAGGCUGAUUCUUUGGGUUCUAAAUUCACUUGGACUAAUGGUCAGUUGGGAGGGAGAAGAAUUGUUAGUAAGCUGGAUCGUGCCAUUAUCAAUGAGCCUUGGUUAAAUAAGUUUUCUAAUUGGAGUUGUAAAGCUCUUCCUAGGGAAUUUUAUGAUCAUUCGACUCUUAUUGGUUAUUCUUUUGUGGCUUCUAGACCGAAACGUGCUCCUUUCAGAAUUCAGAAGAUGUGGUUUACGCAUUUAGAUUUUAUGAGAAUGGUUGAAGCUUCUUGGAGUGCCCCGGUGUAUGGUAAUCCUGAUUUUGUUUUUCCCUUCAAGCUAAAGAGAUUGAAGGUGGCUAUGAAAGUGUGGAAUCAGCAGGUGUUUGGUAAUGUGAAUGCAAGGCUAAGUCAGGCUCAAUUGAGGUUUGAAGUGGCUAGUAGGAAUUCUGAUGAAGACCCAUUUGACACUUUCAAGCAAAAUGAGAUGAAGGAUGCGUCGGUGUUGGUUAAUGAAGCACGUAUGCAGCAACAUAUUAUGUUGAAGCAAAAAUCUCGAAAUAAAUGGAUUUUGGAGGGUUCAAGUAAUUCUUCUUAUUUUCAUAGUUCAAUUAAAACUCGUAGAAGUUCUAACACAAUUUCGGAGUCGGUGAAUGAGGAGGGGUGUAUUAUUAAGGAGCCGGACCAGUUAAGAGACCAUGUUGUUUUUUAUUAUGAAAACAAGUUCAAUGGAGUGGAUGAGCCGAUUGAGGAUAGUUUGUUUGGGCAUUGUUGGGAUUUAAUUCAUGAGGACUUAGAGAAGGCUAUUAUAUAUUGUUGGAGUUCCAAAGUUAUUCCUAAUAGGGCUAAUUCUAGUCUCAUUCUUCUGCUGGCUAAGGUGAGAGGGGCUGAUAGUUUGAAGAAAUAUAGGCCAAUUGGUCUUAGUAAUUUUUUCUUCAAAAUUUUUACCAAAAUUCUAGCAACUAGACUUGGUAAAGUCUUGGAUAAGUUGGUAUCGGAGGAGCAGGUGGCGUUUAUGAAAGGGAGGAACAUUCAUGAGAAUAUUAGUUUGGCUUCUGAAUUGGUUAAUGAGUUGCACAUUAAAAGAAAGGAUGGAAACUUAGGUCUCAAGCUGGAUAUCUCUCAAGAUUUUGAUACGGGGAAUCAGAAGAGUCUGACAAACUUGUUGAGGUUUCUUGAGGUUUAUCAACAGGCGUCUGGUCAAAGGGUUUGUAGGGAGAAGAGCAAAAUUUAUUUUGGAGGUGGGUCGUUGCAUAAGAGGCAGGCUAUUGCUAAUUUCUUAGGCAUGGGUGUUACUUUCUUUCCGGAUAGAUAUUUGGGAGUUAAGGUGAUGCCUGGCAGGGUGAAAUAUAGUCAUAUUAGUAAUGUGGUGGAUAAGUUGAAGGAUCAUCUCUCGGUGUAUAAAGGUAAAAUGCUUUCCUUUCAGGAUCGGGUAGUGCUUAUUAAAUCUGUCCUUGCAAGCUAUGCCAUUCAUAACAUGGUUGUGUAUAGGUGGCCUGUUAAAUUUGUUAAGCAAAGUGAACGUGUUAUUCGUAAUUUUCUUUGGUCGGGAGAUUCAGACUUGGAUAAAGCUUUUGUGGUGGGAUAUGAUAAGAUUUGUAGUCCGGUGAAGGAAGGGGGUCUUGGGAUUACUAGCUUGAGUAAUAUGAACAAGGCUCUGAUCAUGAAGUUGUGGUGGAGUAUUAAAACUUCUAAGAAGAAUUGGGCUAGAUUUAUGGAGUCGAUAUACACUUGUAGAGAUGGUCGUCUGAAGAUGGCAAGAGUUAAAUAUUCAAUUUUGUCGGGGAUUCGAUGGAGAACUGACCUUGACAGACGUGCGAGAGUUAGUGAUAUCAUAGUGCAGAAUCAAUGGCAUUUGGAGGGAGAGCAUAUGCAUGACCUUGCAAGUGCUGGUGUGGCUAGGGAGAAUUUACCAAGAAGGCUUAUGGGCAGUGAUGAGAGGAUUUGGAUGCCAGAUCUAAAGGGAAUGUUUUCUGUCAGGUCUGCAAGGGAUUUGGUGCGCAGCAAGUAUCCUUUGCUUCUUGAAGCAAAUCUGUUGUGGAGGAGGGUGGUGCACCCGGCUUUAGCAGCUCAGAAUUGGAAAUUCGUUAGGGGAGCUUGUUCAACUCUGGACAAAGUUAAGAGUAGAUUCAAGAUUGCUCUUCCAUCUCGGUGCAGUGUGUGUCAGAUUGAGGAGGAGUCUUUGGAGCAUAUUCUCUGGAGUUGUAGUGCUGCUAAACGUGCUUGCCAGUGGUUGGAAGGUAUUUUUCAUCUUAAAUCUUGUUAUAACUUGAUUGCUUCUAAUAAACAAGCAAAAGGUUGUAGUAGAAUGGUUAAAGAUCUGUGGCUUGUCUCCAAUCUAGUGCUGUGUUCAGAACUGUGGUUUCAAAGGAAUAAGAUGGUUUAUGAGAAGAAGAAACCUUGCUGGAAUUUCUUCAAGAAGCGUGUGUUUAAUUUCAUUCAUGAAUACUCAGAUAGAAUGAAGGGGUGUAUGCUUAACAGGGUUGAAGAUCUGGAGAUAUUGGUUUUUUUCAGAGUAAAAUGCCAUAAGGUGAAGAUGUUGGAACCUGUUGAGUGUCUUUGGCAGCCUCCAAUGCAAAAUCAACUCUUGUUGUGCUGUGAUGGAUCUUCUAGAGGUAACCCAUGGGUGGCCGGAGCUGGAGUGGUGGCUAGGAAUUCAGCUUGUGAAGUGGUGGGAGCAAUGUGUGUUGGCCUUGGUGUUAUUUCUAAUUUUUUGGCGGAAUUAUAUAGCAUUCUAAUUGGCUUAGAUUGGGCAGUUCAAUGGGGUUACAGAGAUGUGCUUGUAAGGACUGAUUCUAUGAGUGUUAUAACUGCUUUGGAAGGGGAUAAUAUACCAUGGUUUGCAAGACAUAGAUGGUAUGAAGCUAAAGUCAAGUUUGAUUCUAUUCAAUUGGUGCAUACGUUUCGUGAAGCAAAUUUUGCAGCUGAUAAGAUGGCAAAGACUGGUUGUUUUUUAGAUUCUGGAGUGAGACUCAAUUUUGUUGGGCGUCCUCUUUUGUUAAACUUAAUUGAGUAUCCUAAUGUUUCUUAUUUUCAUUUUAAAUAG